AUGGCAGCCCAAAUAGCAACAGGGACGUCUGAAUUACGCGACAUAACAAAAAUGGAGCGCAUAGGCGCGCACUCGCAUAUUCGCGGACUCGGGCUCGACGACAGGCUAGAACCUCGCGCAAACUCCCAGGGUAUGGUCGGACAAGCCAAAGCGCGGAAAGCUGCAGGCAUGAUCUUGCGUAUGGUGCAGGAGGGAAAGAUUGCGGGGAGGGCUAUGCUUUUCGCGGGUCCUCCUUCCACAGGGAAGACGGCUAUCGCUCUGGGUAUGGCACAGACGCUGGGCUCGGACGUGCCCUUCACAAUGAUCGCCGCCUCGGAGGUCUUCUCGCUCUCCAUGUCUAAGACCGAAGCCCUCACACAAGCUUUCCGGCGGAGCAUAGGCGUACGCAUCAAGGAGGAAACUGAGAUUAUUGAGGGAGAAGUUGUCGAGAUCCAAAUAGACCGUAGUUUGACUGGUGCCACAAAAACUGGCAAACUCACGAUCAAAACCACGGACAUGGAGACUAUCUACGACCUUGGUACCAAGAUGAUUGACGCGCUUACGAAGGAGAAAGUUCUCGCAGGAGACGUCAUCUCCAUCGACAAGGCGUCGGGCAAAGUCACGAAGCUUGGUCGUUCAUUUGCGCGGUCGAGAGACUACGACGCGAUGGGUGCAGACACAAGAUUCGUACAAUGUCCAGAAGGCGAGGUGCAGAAACGCCGCGAACUCGUGCACACCGUCUCACUACACGAAAUCGACGUCAUCAACUCAAGAACGCAAGGUUUCCUCGCACUCUUCGCUGGAGACACAGGCGAGAUUAAGCCUGAGUUGCGCAACCAGAUCAAUACGAAGGUGGCGGAGUGGCGAGAAGAGGGCAAAGCGGAGAUCAUUCCCGGCGUUCUCUUCAUCGACGAAGUGCAUAUGCUAGACAUUGAAUGCUUCUCCUUUCUCAAUCGUGCACUCGAAAACGACCUCUCUCCGCUCGUGAUAAUGGCCUCCAACCGCGGCAUGGCUCGCAUCCGCGGCACAAAAACGCGCUCGCCACACGGUUUACCCGUUGACUUGCUCGACCGCGUCUUGAUCGUCAGCACAAAACCUUACUCCGAAGACGAGAUUGCCCAAAUCAUCCAGAUUCGGUGCGAAGAGGAGGACGUGACAUUGACGCAAGAGGCGUUGGACGCGCUCACGCGGAUGAGCACGCAGACAACGCUGAGAUAUGCGUUGAAUCUUAUCAGUUGUGCUCAGGUGUUGGCAAGGAAGAGGAAGGCAGAUAAAGUCGAUGUUGAGGACCUGAGGAGAGGUUACACAUAUUUCAUGGAUGAGAAGAGGAGCGUGCAGUGGUUGAAGGAGCAGCAGGGGACGCUAUUGUUUGAGGAGAUCGAUGAUGAGAAGGAUGGGGCGAUGGACAUGUCUUGA